UCUUCUUCAACUCGAAAACUCAAAGUCAAACAAACAGUGCAGAAAAAGAAACAAAGACGAUGAAAUGGUACAGCGUUUAAACUGAGAAGUUGAAAGGGAAUGUGGAUGAUCGAUCCGCCUACACUGUGUGGUCAGUUGUGUGUUCUGUUUAGAAGUAGUUUUAUCUCCAAAAACUGACAAUAGCUAGUCAGCAAGUCGACAUUGCCAUCUCGCCCUCUUCAAGUACAUUUUGCUGUUUAUUUGAACGAGUCUGGCAGAUAUGAGUAAGGCUGUGUAUGCGUGCCUGAAGUGUAGAAAGCAGGUGAAAAGUUUUGAGGAGCUGUCAUCCUCUCAGCAGCUAUGCAAGCCUUGCAGAAGUAAAUACCCAGUGCUGACGUGCAAGUUUUGCCGGUCUGACUUCCAUUACAUGGAAAAAUCUCCCAUUGGUGACAAGGACCCAGUGUGCAAUAAAUGCACAGAGUACCUGCAGCGAUUUGGCAAGCCGAGAGUGUGUGGCUACUGCAACCUGCUAGCAGCAUUCAAGGGAGACCUAUGUCAUAGGUGCCAAGCUUCCCAGAAGAAAUACGGUGAUCCGAUAUCAUGUCAGCAAUGUCAAGUGAAAUGCGCAUUUCCCAAGUCUAGGGAAUCCCGGCAGAAGGUGGGAGAUCAGGUGCUGUGUUUUGUAUGCACUGUGGCUUACAAGAAAGCCCAACACCGCAGUGUGAAGCGCAAGCCAGAUGGACAGGGUUACCGCACCGAGCCAAGUGGCGUGCCUAUUGUCACGACGGUUCAAGUGGCAUCAGGUACUACCACCAUCACGGCAUCUGUGGCAUCCGUUGAGCCGGCUCACAAACUUGCCGAUAGUCCGUUACUGGCAUCCAGCAGCAACACCCUUGUCCCGCCACCGAAGAAGAGAAAGUUUUCUUCGAAUGGCUCUGGUGCAUUGCCGUCGCCCGUAGCCAGCGUGGCUCCGUCUUCCCUGUUCAGCGGCGGUGUUCCGAUGACAUCGGGACAAGCCAGUAGUGCUGGCACUAUUUCCACACGAGGUGGUUUGGACACCAGUAGAGCACCUAUGGCAUUCACACAGCUUGUGGAUGAUCCUAUGAGCAGUUUUGAGAUGGUGAACAAUCUAACUGAAAAGGUUGCCUCGCUCCAGAAGCAGGUGAAGGAACGUGACCAGCAGCUUCUCGAGAAAGAUAAGAAGGCAACUGAGUUCAAAGCUGAAGUACGCGACACUGAGAAGAGUUUACGCACGAAAAUAAUGCAGCUACAGAAGCAGCUAGAGACGACCCAGACUGACUGCUACUCAUUACGACGUCAGGUUGGUCAGCUGACCAGCAGUACAAGCGCAAAUAAGUCAGCCAGGGGGAGAGCGAAGGAUGGCGCCAGUCGUCUGCAGAAGGUGGAAAGAGACGGGCGUUUGUUUGCAAGCCAGCAUGUAAAGCGUGAGCAGCCAGUAGAGGUGAAAGAGGAAGUGGCUGCUGAGCCACAGCAGGUGGAAGCAGAAAAAGAAUCGCCUGAGCCAGACUCAGUGUCACCUACUGAAACAACCAAAGUUGAAGACGAAGCAAAUUCAUCCUCGGAUGAGGAUGCGCCAACCAACUGAAAGCUGCUUUUCGGAGAUGCAUUCUUCUUGAUGCUAUAGGUUCUCCUAUAAGUCGUGUGAAUUGUUUGGUUUUCCCCGGGUGCAUACAUCUGUGACGCUCAGGAGCGCCCAGGAGUGUAAGGGCUGGGGCGUAUGCUCUGACAUCAUUCGCUCACAGUGAUUCGGCUCUGCGCUCCAGCCUAGUAGUUCAGAGGCCACGGUUUCCAGGGUUUGGGUUUCUUCCGGGCAACUUUGUAUGAGUGGGUGUUCAUUGUUACUGAGCAUUACAACGCCACCAGCACCUGCUGUAAGUGUCUGUGGAGACGGAAGCCCAGUACUGUGCUACAUGCAUGUUUAAACUACUAACGGCUUCAUCUAUUGUCUUGCCUCUUUUAUUACCUACUUGUAGGUAUUGUGUACCUAGGAAUGGUAGGAGUUCAAUUCUGUCUAGUAAAGACUAGUAUAGAUAGUUCAAUUUCAAUCUGUGUCUGCGUCGAUCGUCAUUUUCUGUUACAAGGGCUUGCCUGAGCUCUCCCGUCUUGCGUUGUUGGUCUGCAUCAUGCUGCUCGCGUUUUCUGUCCGUUUGAUAAAAUAAUUCAUGGCAUUCCUAGGGGCAAACCUUUACAUCUGCUUGUGCAGCAGACAUUCCAACAGGUCUUGUGUUGUUCUUUUCCGUAUGUAUGUCUUACCUUGACAUGUUUGGUUUUAUUGAAACUUUUCAAAGUUUUAAUGUCAGUGUUGCUAAGUUAUUUCACAAGACUGGUACCUGCGAGUCUCUUGUGUCCUUUCCUAGCUGUAAAAAUGCGUUGUGGUGCUGCGUUCCACUCUAGUUAUUGUUGAAUGUUCUGACAUCUGCUGCAGCAGCGGCCUGGAUAGAUUGUGCUCGACUAAAUUUGAUAUCCAACUUCUUAUUCUGUAGUGUGUGCAAUUGAAGGGUGACGGAAGUGCUGUCUUACACACUGUUUGGUGCGUGUGGAUGUUCACCGGUGUGUUUGUAUGUUUGACCACGUCAAUGUCAUCAUUUUAGAUGUCAAUGUCAUCGUUUUAGUAAUUGUCAUGAUAAGUCUACUGUUCUUCGACUCUUUUCUGGAUCAAUCCCCCCCCCCCCUUUGAGUAUUUCUCUAGUUUUGCAUUGAAUCAUGACAAUACAUGUGGUGCACUUUCUAGUUCUAUACACAUGUCAUUGUAUUCUAUAGCAUUCACUUGCAAAGCGUGGACAUUAUCCUAUCUGUAUUUUCAUCAUGCCACACCCUGGAAUUGAAACAGCGAAGAGCUUGAGUGCAUGUAA